AUGUUUACUAUUGAUGUCGAAGCAGAGAGUCUAUCUCCCGUCAAACAGGUAAGUAAUAUCCUAGAAGUGAAUACUGUAAAGCUUACACAAGAUUUGUGACGAUCAUUACCUAUGAUAUAGUCAAAAAAGCACCAGUAAUAACGCUAAAAAUACAAAUUUAACUUUAGUAACAGCUUCAUACUAUUAAAAGACUCGCGUUUUAGCCAUCGAUUAACAAUUACCAUUUGAUAUCGCUGGAAACAGCUGAUAAGAAUAUAUUAUGUAAAAGUUCGAAGAAAGACCUAAUCGAAAUCUUAAGUUCCUUGAAGAAGUUCGAGGCCAAAGUGACAGACAAGUUAAUACAGAGAUUCAGAAGGCUGACUAAAGUAAGUUACAAACCUAUUUAUAUAUAUAUUAUUUAUUUUAUAUAAAAACCUUUAACACUACACAAUAACAACUUCAAUUUACAUUUCAGGACACAGUAAAAGUAAGUGUCAUAUGUCUUACUGUAUUUUCCCUCUACUGUCAAGCCAUUCGGCUAGCCGACCAUUUGAUUACAAUAGAGCCAAACCAGACUAGCCAGAAUAUAUUACUCUAUCUGAUCAGAAGGUUCUACGACUUUUUCUGGAAGAAUACCUACAUGUUGGGUCCGAAGAAUGACUUUAUCUUUGAUAAAACAGCCUGUCAUCUGAGGAUACCCAAACAUAACAUUACAGUAUCCCUCUCUUGCCAAGCUCUUCACUUUAAUCGACUGUUUGUGUGUAGACAACGUCACAUGGCAGAGAUGUCAAUGAUCAAACAGAAGCAACUACGGAAGGAGGCGCUUCAGAAAGACAAAGAAGUCACGUACGAUCAGCUACCGUGGGAUCCUGUAGACAUGAAGGCAGUUCAAGAUGAUGUAAGUUCAAAACAUAUAAAAUUCUUAGUAAAUAUAUAGUAAAGCAACUAUAUCAUGACACUUUAGAUGUUAUUUACUCAUACAAUGUAAACGACAUAAUGUUAUUUUAUUUUAGUUCCUACGGUCUGAACUUCUAGACCUUGACGACGCAUGUAUUAUCAUUCAGUGUGCUGAACGAAGUAAGAUCAUUUCACAGUAAAACACAAUGUAAAUGUACUAUUUAGUGUAUCAAGCUCAUGCUCGUGGUAUCUACAUGGUAGAAGUGAGGAAGAAAGCCAUGGAUCUACACAACAAAGAUGUUGAAGUCGAUCCGGAAGUGGCAGCGCGAAAGAUUCAAGCUGUAAAAAACUUUAAAAUUUGUAAAAACAUUGACAGUACGAUAUGUAACGUCUAUAUUAAACCAAAGUGUUUUACUUUCCGAUCAAGGUACUAUUCUUUGUUAUCAAAGUUAAUGAUAACAUUUUCAGCGUACUCGUGGCUUCCUAGCUCGCAAAAGCACCAAACUUCUUCGAGAAUCCGAAAAUACCGUACUCGGCAUCAGUCCAAUAUCACUGAUCAAACAGAGAAGCAACUUCAACCACGGCCUUUCCUCUUACCCUCCGGCAUCCCCUUUGUUUUCUUGCGUAGACUCAACUUCAGGACAACCUCUUGCCACUUUUGAGUUCACCUUCAAGGCGCCAAAGUCUAUUCAACACGUAAUCGACCAGUUGCACAACUCCAUCUUCGCUUCUGAUCCCUUGGAGAAUAUCCUGGAGAACAACGGGCAUCAGAAGCUGGGCUACGGUAGAUUCAAUUCUCAAACCGAAAGCUUGUUCUCUAAACUUCUGAACCUCGGUGUGGUACUACUGGGACCAGAACCUUGUGCUCAGUUCGAUGAGUUGAUUAGUUAUACGGUAGAAGUUACCGAGGGGAAGGAGCAACUUUACUGGGAUUUACGAAGCUACCUCUACAUGGUGGCCAUUAUACCUAAUGGUGAGACACAACUCUUUCAAAAUUGUAAAUUUAAAAUGUUUUUGAAAGACAAAAAAAAGAUAAUAAUUUUGAAAUUAUGUCUUAAAGUUCUUAAACAGGUUAUUUAUGUUAAGACCAUUUAAAUAAUAUAUACAUUUAGUACUGUCAACAUGGCAAGACAAUGUAUUCAAAAAGAGAAACAUAUUGUUGGUUGGAUCAAAACAAUCUGGCCGUCACGCUUGGGCCAGAGCUAUGGCACAGAAGUGUGGAGCAGUCCAUAUUAUCAUAAAUGGAAAGUCGUUGCCCAGAAGGAAACGGUCAAAAAUUAUAGAGAAAAUACAACAGGUAAGACCGAUUUACUUAGUAUUACAACUUUUUAACCAAAUUAAAAAAAGAGUUAGGCACUUUAAUAUGUAUUAUAUAUGAUUAUAAGAAGUAACUUUACAGUUUUGUAUUCUGGACAAAAAUGUUUUCGUCAUCUUUGACACCAUGGACAUUUACAACGAGAAAUACAUCAAAAAGUCAUCACAUAUCAAAGUAAACUAUUUUAUAGUAACGUCGCAUAACAAUAAAGGUUUACAGAGCUUUGAUCAGUGACAUCUUAAUAAUGAUGAGUUUUUUUAGAAAUUUCUAUUCAAUUUGCUCGAAACCUGGACAACAGAGCUUGAGAACAACAUUCAGAUAAUUGGAAUAUCCGUAAAAGCAAAUUUGGAAGAGAAAGUAAUGGACCUGUUCCCAAUCACAGUAACGAUCGGCGUCCCCAAACCUUCGGAAAAAAUAGGUAACAAAUACAACCAAUGUUAAUAUAAGUUGUACUAAUGUCAAUGUAAUUUUUUUUAGCAUUUAAAAAAUUUUAAAUUUUCAGAAGUAAUUGCUGAACGCUUGAGCAAACGACAUGAGAAUUCCAAAUCUGAAUUUAUGCCCUCGAGGCUUAUCGAAUUGAAUAAAUCGACCAAAAAUCUGAACAUUGGAAUGACCAUGGAGAAGAUCGACAAGAAACAGCAACGAAGAAAUGCUUCAUCUCAUUACUAA